UUUCGUGUUAUAUAAAGACGACGACGACGACGCCGUGUCCAGAUCACAUAUAAUAACAACCGUCUCCGUCUCCAUCUCUCCAUCUCUGCGCGCAACGCGGCGUCGCAUGACGGAGCUCCGGCGAGCCUGUCCGCCUCCGUGUCUUGUUUCCGCUGAGGAGCGAGCGAGUUGUGAUUGCGGGUGCUGCUGGUUACAGGAGAAUGAGCUGAGUGCCUAUCGAAGAUGGUGACAACGAGGAAGGUCGGGAAGUAUCAAGUCGGGCGGACGAUUGGCGAAGGGACUUUCGCCAAGGUCAAGUUCGCGCAGAACCUGGAAACUGGGGAGAGCGUGGCCAUAAAGAUUAUGGCCAAAAGCACCAUUCUUAAGCACAGAAUGGUCGAUCAGAUCAGAAGGGAGAUAUCCAUAAUGAAGAUAGUCAGGCAUCCUAACAUAGUUAGGCUGCAUGAGGUUUUAGCAAGCCGGACAAAGAUAUAUAUCAUCCUUGAGUUUGUGACUGGCGGUGAAUUAUUUGAUAAAAUUGUUCACCAAGGAAAACUUUCUGAAAACUUGUGUCGGAAAUAUUUCCAGCAGCUUAUAGAUGCAGUUGCUCAUUGUCAUAGCAAGGGUGUCUAUCAUAGAGAUCUGAAGCCUGAGAAUCUUCUUCUUGACUUUCAUGGAAACUUAAAAGUUUCUGACUUUGGAUUGAGUGCUCUGCCCCAGCCGGGGGUUGGACUCCUUCACACAACAUGUGGAACACCAAAUUAUGUUGCUCCCGAGGUGCUUGGGCAGCAUGGAUAUGAUGGUGCAGCAGCUGAUAUAUGGUCAUGUGGAGUUAUUCUCUUUGUUAUAAUGGCUGGAUAUCUCCCGUUUGAUGAGACGGACCUUCCAAGUCUUUUUAAAAAGAUAAAUGCUGCCGAAUUUUCUUGCCCCUUCUGGUUUUCUGCGGGUGCAAAGUCCUUGAUCCAAAAGACUCUUGAUCCCAAUCCCAAGACACGCAUUGAUAUUGACACUAUCAGGAAGCAUCCAUGGUUUCGUAAAAACUAUGUGCCUAUCAAACAUAGAGAACUUGAAGAUGUGGAUCUGGAUGAUGUGCAUGCGGUUUUUGAUGAUAUCGAGGAAAAGUAUGUAGCUGAGAACUCAGACUCUAUAGAAGGGAGCCCUCUAAUGAUGAAUGCGUUUGAGAUGAUAACUCUAUCUCAAGGGCUGAAUCUGUCAGCUCUUUUUGACAGGGGUCUGGAUCAUGUAAAGCGGCAAACUCGUUUUGUUUCCCGAAAACCAGCUCAAGUUGUGAUUUCAUCGAUUGAAGCUGUUGGAAUAUCAAUGGGUCUCAAAGUCCAUACACGUAAUUUCAAGACGAGAAUUGAAGGAAUAUCUGCAAACAAGGCUGGUCAAUUCGCAGUCGUCUUGGAGGUGUAUGAAGUGGCACCAUCUCUGUUCAUGGUUGAUGUUAGAAAGGCCGCUGGGGAUACACUCGAGUAUCAUAAGUUCUACAAGAACCUCUGCGCUAAACUGGACCACAUCAUCUUGAAACCGGCCGAGGGUUUGGCGAACGCCAGUCUGCUUAGAACAAUGACUUGCUGAUCCAGUGUAGUGGGCGUGAGGCAAAUCACUGCGCAGACUGCUCCGAGACAUGCUGUUCCUUCCCCGAGAUGAUCGACCCCUUGAAAAUACGGCAGUUUCGGGGUGAUAUACCUAAAAAAAAACUAAUAAAAAAGAAAACCUGUAUAUGUUUGGCUCUGUAGAUUAUGGUAGUCCUGAUGAUCAUGAAAUCGUUGCGAAGUAUCUUAUAGCUUUUAUCCAGAGAUGUUACCACUUGUAUUCUUUGAUUUAGGGAUUUCUCGGCAAUGUAGAACCAUACUUGUUUCUUGAUAAAAAAUAGACUUGCUUGAAGUAAUUAAAUAAAAAAGAAAAAUGUUAAAGAGUAUACUCUUAAA